GGCAGGAAACUACUUUAGUUUCGGUGGCUUCGAAUUCUGGGAAUGUGUCAGUGUGUUGUCUCCUAGCUCUCUCUCCCGAUCUGACUCUCAUUUAAUUCGAACUACUUCUUCUUCCUGCUUGCACGCACGCUCGAGGUUGUUUGUUUGCUUGCUUUGCUUCCCCAUGGAAAGUUCGAUUCGAGAAAUCACAUCGCUCUGAUCAGAUCCUAAGCGUGGUUCUUCGUUUUCUCGUGCAUUGCGUCGCUGUUGCAGCGACCAAUCUUCCCCGAUUGAACCUGGAUCUCGCCUUGAAUUCGUCGUAUUGGAUUUAGGGCUGUUUGAUUAGAGGAAAGGAGCUCGAUUUUUUCGAGCUGGUGGGAGAUGAUGGUGUUCAGAUCGAGGAUAAAAUGGAUAGCGCUCUUGGUGCUCAUAUUAUCAGUGGGAUCUCUCGUUGUUCAUCUCUCGAUUACAAAGUCUUCAGGUGUACAGUUGGCUUCUUAUGCUAGAGAUUCCCUCUGGCAAGAUUUUGAUUCUUUGUUAGGUGCAAAGGAUUUUAGAAAUAAGCAUUUAUGGAGGCCUGUCAAAGCACUAGAGACCUUGCAGCCUUAUGCCAAUCCAAGAACUAGUUAUCCUGCUCCCAGUUCAAAAAACAAUGGCUUCAUUUAUGCAAAGAUAUUUGGUGGAUUUGACAAGAUCAGAUCUUCUAUAUGUGAUCUUGUCACCAUAUCCAGGCUUCUAAAUGCUACUCUUAUCAUUCCAGAGCUUCAAGAGAGUCUUCGCUCCAAAGGCAUCAGCAACAAGUUCAAGAGUUUCUCCUAUCUUUAUGAUGAGGAGCAGUUUAUAUCCUUUCUUAAAAAUGAUGUUAUCAUUGCGAAGGCCCUCCCUGAGAGCUUGAAAGCCGCAAGAAAAAGGAACGAGUUUCCUCUUUUUAAGCCCAAAAACUCUGCAUCGCCAAAUUAUUACCUCGAGGAUGUAUUGCCAAAGUUAAAGAAAGCUAAUGUUAUUGGAUUGAUCAUCUACGACGGGGGAUGCUUGCAGUCAAAUUUGCCUGCUUCAAUGCUUGAACUUCAAAGACUAAGGUGUAGAGUUGCCUUCCAUGCCCUCCAGCUUCGUUCAGAAAUCCAGGUGCUUGGCAAGAAGAUGGUUGACAGGUUACGUAAAUCAGGUCAACCCUUCCUAGCUUAUCAUCCUGGCUUAGUGAGGGAUAAACUGGCAUAUCAUGGCUGUGCUGAGCUUUUCCAGGAUCUUCACAGUGAACUCAUUCAGUAUCGGCGGGCUCAGAUGAUUAAGCAGAAGUUUAUUUCAGAAGAACUUAUUGUAGACUCGCGUGUGCGCAGGGACAAAGGCUUAUGUCCUCUCAUGCCAGAAGAGGUUGGAAUCCUUCUGAAAGCACUGGGAUACUCUCAGAAAGCCAUUAUAUACUUAGCUGGUUCUGAAAUGUUUGGGGGCCAACGUGUUUUGAUCCCUCUGCGAGCCAUGUUCCCUAAUUUAGUGGACCGAACUUCUUUAUGCAGCACGGAGGAAUUAUCAGAAUUGGUUGGUCCUGAGACACCUCUUCCAGAAAACAUGUAUGAAAUGCCUCCUCGGAAAAGCGAUAAGCAGCUCCAAGAAGAGUGGAACAAGGCAGGUACUCGGCCUAGACCUCUCCCUCCUCCUCCAGACAGACCUAUCUACCAGCACGAAAAAGAAGGGUGGUAUGGUUGGCUUACAGAGAAUGAUACAGAACCAACCCCUUCACCCAUGGAUCUUAGGAAUCUAGCACACAGGUUACUGUGGGACGCACUUGACUUUGUUGUGUCUGUCGAAGCUGAUGUCUUUUUCCCUGGUUUCAACAACGAUGGUAGUGGGUUGCCUGAUUUUUCAAGUUUGGUAAUGGGCCAGAGGCUCUAUGAAAGACCAUCGUCACGAACAUAUAGACUAGACAGGAAAGUUAUUCAAGAAUUUUUCAACAUUACACGUGAGGACAUGUACCAUCCCAACCGGAACUGGACAGUUCAUGUGAGAAAACAUCUUAACUCAAGUUUGGGUGAGAGUGGGCUUAUAAGGCAGUCUACGCUGUCGAAACCCCGGUUGUUUCUUUCGCAUCCACUUCCUGAAUGCUCAUGCAGAACAUCACCCCUCGAGGAUUCUAGACAAAUACGAAGUGAUGAUGGUAGAUUUCUCUAUGGAGGUGAAGAUGAAUGCCCUAAAUGGAUAAAAUCAGCUGGGGUGGAAAAGAGUAAAACUGAUGAUAGUGAUCAGCCUGAUUAUGAACAUGACCUUCUCACUGAACAGUCAGAAACUGAAGAAGAGUUUGCAAAAAGUAAAGUGGCUUCAGCUUUUGACCAGGAUGAAGAAUGGGAUCCCAAUGACUAGUACUGUGACAACGAUGCAGAUUCUGCCGGGUGUCAUUUGGUUUUUCUAUAGUUACCGGCUUUUUUAUUCUUUUCUGAGAAUAAGUUUUUUUUUUUUGUUUCAUUCUUUUGGUAGUAGUUUCUUGCAAAUUAGCUGCAUACUCUUUAUACGUCGAAGCUUUCUCAAAGAUAUUUGUAUUGCCUCCAAAGCGUCCCUUAUGCAGCAAAGGAUGACUGAUGCAGCAAAGGACGACCGUUAUGGUUCAUCCUUCUCUAAGGUCUUCUUAUGUAGCAAAUGUGAAGCUGGAGGUAUCUUUUUUUUUCUUCUCACCAUUGUAAAUCUGAUAAAGGUUCAUUCAGAUUCUUUCUUCUCUUUUUACUGGAUUUGUUUGGACAUACUACAGAUACGAAAGAUAAAAGUAAAUUUCAAUCAGAGUUUUAAUAUUCA